ACUUUUCAUAUUAGAAUUUUGCUGUCAAAAAGCCGUUCGGUCUAUUGAUGGGUCGCUCGUUUCUGUGUUAAAUUAUUAAUUUACUGCUUUCAUUGUAUAUUAUUUCUUUGUUUUACCGUCUAAACAUGGUUUAAACAAGUUUCCGUGAUAUAAAUAUUAUUGAGUGGUUUUGCAGUGACUACUAUAAACAAAUCCAAAAUGUCCGUACCCAACACAGGAUUGAGCAAGUUAAAGAAGAAACAUAUCCGUGUAAAACAUCAAAAAGUGAAAUUGUUUCGUGCUAAUGAACCGUUACUAUCUGUUUUUAUGUGGGGUGUUAAUCAUACGAUUAAUGAACUGAGCCAUGUUUCGAUACCAGUUAUGCUUCUGCCGGAUGAUUUUAGAGCCUAUUCAAAGCUCAAAGUUGACAAUCAUUUAUUUAAUAAGGAAAACAUGCCAUCGCAUUUUAAAGUAAAGGAAUACUGCCCAUUAGUGUUCAGGAACCUUCGAGAGAGAUUUGGGAUUGAUGACCUGGACUAUAAGGAGUCUCUAACAAGAUCUCAGCCCAUCCCGGACGAUUCUUCUGGCAAAUCUGGCGCAAAGUUUUAUCAGAGCUACGAUCGUCUCUUCAUCCUGAAGACCCUCACUUCGGAGGAGGUGGAACGGAUGCACUCUUUCCUUAAACAUUAUCACCCGUACAUAGUGGAGCGACAUGGUAAGACGCUGUUGCCGCAAUACCUUGGCAUGUACCGGUUGACGGUAGAUGGUAUCGAACACUACCUCGUAGCCACCAGGAAUGUGUUCUCCAAUCACCUCAAUAUACACAGAAAGUACGAUCUAAAAGGGUCGACAGUAGACCGUGAAGCGUCGGAGAAGGAGCUGGAGAAGGAACUGCCCACGUUAAAGGAUAACGACUUCAUCAAGCAAGGAGUCAGGAUCGACAUUGGUGAUGCUGCCAAGGAUAAGCUGCUGGAGACCCUCACUGCUGAUGUUGAGUUUCUAACGAAACUACACUUGAUGGACUAUUCGCUGCUGCUCGGAGUGCACGAGUGCGGCCGCGGCGAGGCGGAGGCGGAGGCGGCGCGGCAGCGGGACGCGGAGGCCGACAGCGAGCCCGACACCGACAGCGACAGCGACACCGACAACCGACACCACGGCGACAGCAGGUGGGGCUACAACACGCCGCCGGACAGCCCGCGCGGCUUCGCGCGCCACGCGCUGCGCUACGAGGGCAUCAUACCGGAGCUGGAUAUAUACGCCAUACCCAGCCAGGAUGCUGCACCUAAAAAAGAAAUAUACUUCGUUGCCCUAAUCGAUGUGCUCACACAUUAUGGAGUUAAAAAACAGGCGGCGAAGGCAGCUAAAACAGUGAAAUACGGCAGUAAUGUAGAUGGCAUAUCUACGUGUGACCCGGAGCAGUACGGCAAGAGGUUCAUAGAGUUUGUAGCCAAGGCCAUUGAAGGCAACUAGACUGUGCAUUGCUUCUUUUAGUGAGAACUAUUCAAAUUAACACUAAAAUAUCGUAUACGUCAAUAUGUUGACAUUAUUUCAAAUAUUGAGAGCAAUUAUAUAAGAAAGACAGUUUGCUGACAAUCUCCUGUACAUUUAAUAGGAAUUGUUUGAUAUCAGUCGAAAAUAUAUGCAAUUUAAUGUUUUCAAAUUGAAAAUAUAACCAAAAGUCAAAUCAUUGAAUUUAAGUAAAUUUCCAUGUUAUAUUUCUGUUUAAAAUUAUCAAACCUUAUUUAUUUACUGAACAUUAGUAUUAUUUUACGUUUAAUUUAUAAAAGGUCGGUGGAAAAUGGAUUUAACAGGGUUGUAGGACCGAUUGAGGAAAGUUAAUUUAAACAUAUUCACUAAAAGAAGCAUUGCAUAUGUGAAAGAUAAUCCCCACGACUUUAUCUGACUAAAAGAAUGAGGUUCACUCAGAAACGUUUCACGGUUACUGACAGAGACCCUUAGUAUUUACCACUAAAGGCCUUUUUAGUUAUAUCACUAAAGGCCUUUUUAGUUAUACCACUAAAGGCCUUUUUAGUUAUACCACUAAAGGCCUUUUUAGUUAUACCACUAAAGGCCUUUUUAGUUAUA